CUCGCUAUUUUUUUUUCUUACCAGAAAUAAUAAUUUGAGAAAUCAUGUCGUCUGUGUAGUUUUUAUACUUGCUGUCUGUCCAGUCUCCGUUCUGCUCUGAAUGGCUGGGGGUCGCUGUCAGUCAAAUCAGUGGUUCCUUAAUAGGCUAGUGUAGUUUCACCGUCAGUCAUUUCAUCCUGUCCUGACAGAUCUCACUGGCUGAAGCAGCGCUAGAAUCCUCUCAUUUGUUUAAAUGAAUGUCAAUCGUCAGACUGAUUGUGCACUUUCAUUUGCUAGCUAUAGCCUGUCAUUCAAAGCGCCUACUUUGAAAUUGGUGGGUUAAGGUGUAGGUAAGCGUUUGUUAUUAUAGGUAUAUGCGCUGACAGUUACUAGUUUGAUUUGAAAAUGGGGCGCAUGAGGAAAACACUGAGUAUUGUGCACAAUACCCUGAUCGAAGGCAGAAAUCUCCACGGCAGGACGAAGCGGGCCAGUCUGCCUUGCCUCCAGUGAGUCCAGCUGUGCUAAGGAGAGGGGCAGAGCUCGGAAUAAGUGCAAUAUUUGGUGUGUAAACGGAAGCUGGAGAGUAAGAAGGAAGCCCUGCUGAUCCUGUCCAAGGAGCUGGACAGCUGCCAGCAGGAACGAGACCAGUACAAACUGAUGGCCAACCAGCUGAGGGAGCGGCAUCAAUCUGUGAAGAAGGAGUACAGAGAGCUCAUUGAUGGGGACCCUUCUUUACCACCUGAAAAACGAAAUCAGGUUAAUCUUGCCCAGCUGUUGAGAGACUCCCGUGAAUGCAAUAAACAACUGGUAGAAGAAAUAAAGGAUCUGAAGCAGAGGUUGGGAGAAGCUCAUGGGGAUAACAAGCUCCUCAGAAUGACAAUUGCCAAACAAAGACUGGGUGAUGAUGAGGUGGGAGCUCGUCACUUCCCUGCGCAUGAGCGUGAAGACCUUGUGCAGCAGCUGGAGAAAUCACGGGAACAAAAUGAACAAUUGGAGCAAGACCUCCAAGCGUCAGUGGAUGAACUACAGGAUGUGAAAGCCGAACGUUCGUUUUACCAGGAAAAAGCCAACAGACUGAACCUAGAGCUCAAUCAAGUUCUCGGAGGGCAUGAGAACCGCAUUAUUGAUGUGGACGCUCUGUGCAUGGAGAACAGAUAUUUACAUGAAAGAUUAAAGCAAGUACAGGAAGAGGUUAACCUGCUCAAAACGAAUGUUGUCAAAUACAAGAAUGCCCUUGAGCGAAGAAAGAAUUCCAAAACAAGCAGCAGGUGUAGUAGCAGUGCCCUCACUGGGGUUCUGUCUGCCAAACAAGUUCAGGAACUGUUAUCGAAAGACAGUGGUUGCAGUUUGCCUGCCACCCCUCAGUCCAUAUCAGACCUGAAGUCCCUGGCUACUGCUCUCCUUGAGACAAUUCAUGAGAAAAAUAUGGUUUUACAACACCAGCGUCAAACUAACAAGAUUUUGGGCAAUCGUGUUGCAGAACUUGAGAAGAAGCUGAAAACAUUGGAAGUGUCUGGUUUGUGGAGUCUCCCAGGCCUGACAUACAAUGUGUCAUUGGGAUUAGGGAGAGGAAGAGAUACCAUAACACUGACUGAGCCAGCUCUUGGUACGAGUCAGAAGCCCAGGUCCUCUCUGCUUCAGUUAAUGGAACCGCAGCCACAGCUGAAGGCAAAGCCUUCUGAAGAUGAUAGGAUAGAAAACAGUGAACCAUCUGCAAGAGAGCAGAGUGCAGCUGAUGAAGACCACCCUAAGAACUCCCAGAGUUCACAAGCAGGUCCAGAUGGUGACAUGCCGGUUUGUACAGACAGCACGGGGCACAACACAAGCACUGUUCUAUCUUUGCCCCUCUCGCCCACGGUGGAGGAGAUAUACAGGCGUGGGACUGAGAUAGUGAAGAUGACAGAGGAGCUGGCAGCUGCAGAGUGCAGUGACACUGAGAGCCCUACAAUGGUGCAGUGUCCAGUGCCAGCUGGGGCACAACUGGAACUGAAGUUACUGGAGCCAGAGUCUCCUCUGGACAGUCCAGCUGACUGCUUAGGUUUUGAAGGUGACCAUGUUACAGCAGCUGAUCUUGUAGAAGACAAAGACGCCGCCACAGCAAGCAUUGAUGUCUCCGGUAGUGAGGUAGCCAAUAGUACCACAGCUGAAUUGAACUCCCAAAUACGCAGCCCCGUGCCCUCAAAAGAACUGUGUCAAAAUGAAUUAAGGGAAACUAAUGAAAACUAUUUUGCAGAGAGUGUUGCAUAGAUUCUUCUUGUGUUUGUGAGUCUGGUGGCUGAUAAUGAAGAUAAAUAAGGUAUUCCAUAAAGGUCUGUAAGACAAGAGUUCUGCUUAAGACUGGAACUUGGGUUGAUUGGUUUCAUGUUUUCAGAAUGAAGAAAAAUGUAAUUUUGAAAACUGAAACAUACAGGUUUCUGAUUUUUGUUGACAUUUUCUGUCUUAAAGGUAAACCAUUAAAUGAGAAGCACGGAACACCAAGGACUAUUGAUAGUUAAUGUUUUUUGAAAUUUGAGCAUUUUUAACUGUAAUAUUAAUUAUGAAGCUAUUUUCAUAAACUGACAUUCAGAAGAUUCUUUGGGGGCUUUUAUUCAGAAAAUGUGUUCUUUAAUUAUUUUGAAUAUAAAAGCAUGUUGAGGGUAAACACAGCAUAUGAUUCCUGUUGAUCUGCAUAUACUACAGCUGCUGGACUUACUUGAAAUCAUGUAAGAAACAUUUCUGUUAAAUCUAGGUAAUGUGAAUUCCCACAUUUUCUCCUGUUCGAAGGAUAUACAUCCCCAAACCAGUUAGAUUCAUUUUGUAGUAAUUCACAUAACCUUCAGAAGCAAAUAACACUGAGCGAAAUAAAUGCAAAACUAAAAAUUGAUGUAAGAAACACAAGGUUUUCUGGCAACUGCUGAUUUAACAGAAAACCUUUUCUGAAAGUUACCUUGCGUUUUCAUGGUCUUUAUGCAUUUACAGUAGCACUAAUGCAAAAACUGUAGGCUACUAAAAUGGGCUUUUAUAGGAACAGCUUUGUAGACUUGCUUGAAUUAAUGGCAGGUUCAUUACAGUUUUUUUUGUACAAUCACACUUUUUUCAGGGGGUAAAGUAUAAUUUUGCUGGAAAUAAUUAUGUGACGGUGUAAAUUAGGUAUUUAUUAAAAUUUCAGCUAGUGCAGCUAAAGAUUAUAGCAUUUAAAUGACAUCAGUUUUCUCAUUAAAUUGUAGUGUUAUUAUUAUUCUGUAGUUGCUUGGUUUUCGUAGAUGUUUCAUGCCAUUGAAUGAAACUGACAAUUAGUCAGUCUGCAUUUGUACAACACAAUUAUUUUUCCUUGAUAUUUAUUAACUAGACAUAGUAAGAAUUAUAUUUGAACUGAAUAAUGCUUUAUUUUUGGAUGUUUAGCAUUUUGCAAAGCUGGUUCAUUUUUUGUUGUGCUAUCUUAAACAGUAUUGGGUUUAUUAGUUACUGUUCUUAAAAAUGCUAUACCGAUAGGAAACCAUAAUUGCACAUGUAUUGAUGAGGGAUGUGUUUGGGGAAUUUUUAAUCCAUUUUCAGGUUUUCAAUUUGGGCUUUUAUUUCACGUACAGUAGAGUAAGGUACAGGAUUGAAGCAGUGUUAGUGCUCCAUUGGUCCAUUACACAAUAAAAACUACAGUAUGUGCACAGUGUACUAACUCUGGAUUUCAAACAAUGUAUGUGACAUUAAAAUUCAUGGUCUAGAUUUUGAAUUGGAAGAAGAUAUGGGGAAUUAUUUUUAUUUUGAUCAUAUUUUAGGUUCACAUUUCAGUAUGUUUAUCUGUCACACUUCACAUGUUUUACAUAUACCUGGAGAGCUACUUACUCAAUGAUCAUGAAACUCUGUGUUGGCAUUAUUUGGCAUUAGUUAUUGAUAAUAUGCGAUUCUGGGGAAAUAGGGGAAGUCUGGUCCUUACAUCCAUAAAUAUUUGUCAUGCAUUGUCUGCAUAUAUCUGGAGCACUGCCUUUGCAAUUGCCAUGAAACUAGGUAUUAACCUUAUUUAUCUUAAGUUACUGAGAAUAUUACUGAGAUUUUGAUUAUGGAAGAGCUGAGGCCUGGAAACAGGAGAUACAGUGCUACCCCUUUAUAACGCUGUAGUCGGGAGCCAUAUUUAACUGUGCUAUUUGUGUUCUGUCUUAUAACAAGACUACUAGUUUUAGUGUAAUGGCAUAACCUUAUAACCUGUUCCGCAGCAUAAAGGGCCGACCUUAUAAAGGGGGAGCACUGUAUAUGCACUAUCGGAUCAGUUGUAACUUGUUUCCAAAGUAGUAACUGAGGUACUGUACCAGUCACUAACUUCUGUCUUUUGUCCAUUCAGCUUCGGAACCUCAUUGCUGUAUUUCUACAUACUGUGAAAAUCUUGUUACGAUUACUUGCAACUCUUAAAUACACUUCCUAACCAAAUGUACAGAAGAAGUUAAAAAUAAAAAAUAAAAUAAAAGAUUGGACUUUGCCAUCUCAGGUAAAAAAUAUAUUGCUUUAAUGUCUUGAAAACUGAUUACUACACGGUGAUGUUGUUGUUCAAAGAUAUUGCCUGGAGUGUUUUAAUAUUUUUUCCACAAAUUGUAUUUUGCAUAGGUUGCAUUAUAUGUUAUGCAAUUGAGGCCUAGUUGUCCCUUUGUUACAUGAAAUAAAGGUCAUCAAUCAGG